UAAUAAUAUCUGAAUGGACACACAGGGGAGCAUCACGUUUGCAUGGACCUUAUGAGGUUCAGUGGAAGGAUGCAGCUGAGUCAGGCUGCUUGCAGCCAUUCCCACAGCUUUAUUAACAGCUUGGUGUUGGUCCUCUUCUGAAGCCCUAUUGUCCAGACGCGUGCUGCGUCGACACCUUGCUGGGUUCCCUAUGGGGCCCGCCCGUUCCCGUCUGCUUCCACCCCCCUCCCGUUGUUUCGGGGAGCCCUUGCCCCGUAUUGUUAUAGGUCGGACCGUACCAAAUGCUGCGGGGAGCGGGGGAGUCUGGAUCCGCUCUGCAGUUCAGCGCGCGGACAGCUCCCGACCGUUGGUGUCUGACCAUGCACCUGGAGAUCCGGGCCCAGUCCGCAGCACAGCCGUGUUCCGUCGCCGGUGACGUUGCAGAGGCUCUCGGUGAACGGGCGCUGCGGCGCAGCUGAUUAACGAACGAACGGACGGACUGACGGGACGGGACGGGACGGGAGACGACGGGGACGGCUGAUAAAGAAAGCAGCCUCGAACAACAGACCGAGGAAGCGGAGCCGCUCGGAGCCGUCCGGAGCCGCCCGAACCGCCUCGACGGUCUCUGCUCAUCACUUGGACGGCGUGGCGUUUCCCCUCCGCGGCCAUGCUGCUGCUGCUGCUGCUGCCGCUCGCGUGCAGCAUCACCAGCACCUUCAGCGCUACAGCCUCAGCAUCCCGGAAGUGUGAGGACAGCCUGGCCACCCCCCUCCCCUACAGCUCCUUCACAAGCUCUUCAGUGUACGGCCGAGCAUAUGGAGCUGGAUACGCCAAGCUCAGUCGGAAGCAAGGUGCUGGAGGCUGGUCACCCUUGGAUACAGACCGUUACCAGUGGUUACAGGUGGACCUGGGUUCUAGGAAGCAGGUGGUUGCCAUAGCAACACAGGGACGCUACAGUAGCUCUGACUGGACCAGCAAGUAUCGCCUGCUUUACAGUGACACACAGAAGAAUUGGAGACCUUAUCUACAGGAUGGAAACAUCUGGACAUUUGAGGGCAACGUGAACAGCGAGGGUGUGGUUCGCCAUGAGCUGCAGCACCCCAUCAUAGUUCGCUACGUUCGCUUCCUCCCGCUGGAGUGGAGCAGGGAGGGACGAGCCGGAGUCCGCCUGGAGCUCUACGGCUGCUCCUACUGGGCUGACGUCAUUCCAUUUGAUGGCCACAGCGUCAUCUCCUACCGUUUUAGAAGUAAAAAGAUGAAGAUUGUGAAGGAUGUUAUCUCUCUGAAGUUCAGAACCAUGGCUGGAGAUGGAGUCCUGCUCCACGGAGAAGGACAGCAAGGAGACUACAUCUCCCUAGAGCUCCGCAGGGCCAGACUACAGCUCAGCAUCAACCUAGGCAGCAACCAGUACGGCUCCAUUCAGGGUCACACCUCUGUGAACAGUGGCAGCUUACUGGAUGACGACCACUGGCACUCAGUUGUCAUAGAGCGUUUCCGUAGGAACGUCAACUUCACUUUGGACCACCACACUCAGCAGUUCAGAACCAAUGGGGAGUUUGACCACCUGGAUCUGGACUACGAGAUCAGCUUCGGAGGGCUGCCUGUGUCCGCCAAGCCAAGCUCAGGAGGCAGAGAGAACUUUGUGGGCUGCAUGGAGGGAAUAACCUACAAUGGAGAAAACAUCACUAACCUGAUCCGCAGGAAGAAAGUGGAUACGUCCAGCUUUCGUAACCUGACAUUCUCCUGCGCGGAUUCCAACUCCUCCCCCGUCUUCUUCACCUCCUCAUCCUUCCUUCGGCUGCCGGGUCAGACCAACAGUGACACUCUGUCGGUCAGCCUGCUUUUCAGGACAUGGAACCCCAACGGCCUGCUAAUGUUCACAGCGCUAGCUGACGGCUGGGUGGAGGUGGCGCUGACAGAGGGCAAGGUCACCGUCCACAUGAAUGUGACCCAGAAGAAGAGCACCCGCAUUGACAUCUUCUCAGGCUCAGGUUUGAAUGACGGGCAGUGGCAUGAGGUCCGUCUGACUGUUGUAGAGAACUAUGCGAUGUUGACAGUAGAUGGAGACGAAGCUUCCACUAUCAGAACAGCCAUCCCCGUCCACAUCCAGACCGGAGGAACCUACUACUUUGGAGGGUACUUCUUGCACACCAAUACUCGGUCGCCUCAGCGCUCUUUCCAGGGCUGCAUGCAGAUGAUCCAAAUAGACAACUACCCGGCUGACCUCUGGGCUGUGGAGCAGGGCCAGAUGGGCAGCUUUGAAAACGUCAGCCUGGAUAUGUGUGCCAUUUUAGACAGGUGUGUUCCCAGCCCCUGCGAGCACGGGGGACGCUGCUCCCAGACGUGGGACACAUUCAGCUGCAACUGCAGUGGCACUGGAUACACUGGAGCCACCUGCCACAUGUCGCUGUAUCAGCAAUCCUGUGAGGAGUAUAAGCACCAGGGCAAGAGUUCAGGGAGCUACUGGAUCGACCCGGAUGGCAGUGGAUCCAUUCCUCCCUUCCGAGUCAGCUGUGACAUGACAGAGGAAAAGGUUUGGACCACACUGAAGAACAACCUGUCCCCCCAGACAUCUGUCACCAGUGCAGACCAGGAGGGCAAGGCAGUGCUGCAGAUCACCUACAAUGUGACUGAUGAGCAGGUGUUGUCUCUCACCAGCAGUGCACAAUACUGUGAACAGCAUAUAGCCUACACGUGCCGGAUGUCUCGCCUGCUCAAUACUCCGGGUGGGGUCCCGUUUACCUGGUGGGUAGGAAGAGCCAACGAGAGGCAUUCCUACUGGGGAGGUUCAGGACCAGGGAUCCAGAAGUGUUCCUGUGGUAUUGAACAUAACUGCACCAACCCCAAACACUUCUGCAACUGUGAUGCUGACCUGCGUGCCUGGAAGGAGGAUGCAGGCCUGCUGGUGUAUAAAGAACAUCUGCCAGUCAGUCAGGUUGUGGUUGGAGACACAAGCCGAGCUGGGUCUGAGGCCAAGCUGACUGUGGGGCCCCUCAGGUGCCAUGGGGACUGGAACUAUUGGAAUGCAGCCUCCUUCACCAGCCCUGUCUCCUCACUUCACAUUUCCUCCUUCAGAGGAGAAACCAGCACAGACAUCUCCUUCUACUUCAAGACUUCGUCCACCAGUGGAGUGUUGGUGGAGAACCUGGGAACCAGCGAUUUCCUUCACAUUGAACUCAGAGGAGGCUCCGUGGUCCUCUUCUCCUUCGACGUAGGCAGUGAGAGGGUGGAGCUCAGUGUCCGCUCACCGGCACCACUAAAUGACAACCAGUGGCAUCGCGUGGAAGCUGAGAAGAAUGUGAAGGAGGCGGUGCUGCAGCUGGAUGGACUGUACAGGGAGGUCAGACUCACUCCACCACAGGGACACCCCAAACUGGAGUUUUACAGUGACCUUUAUGUUGGCGCCUCCAGUGGUCAGAGGGGCUUCCUGGGCUGCAUGCGUGCUCUGAAGGUAAACGGCGUGACCUUGGACCUGGAGGCGAGGGCAAAGGUGACUCCGGGGGUGAAUCCAGGCUGCCAGGGUUACUGCAGCAGCUAUGGGAUGCUGUGCAAGAAUGGAGGGACUUGUGUGGAGCAGUACAAUGGCUACUCCUGUGACUGCUCCCUCACUGCCUAUGACGGGCCCUUCUGCACUGACGACGUGGGCGGGUACUUUGAGACUGGAACCCUGGUGCGUUACGACUUCCUGCAGGACACGGGACCUUUUGCUUUGCGGGACGUGACGAACCUGUCAGGUGUUGGCGUUCCUAGUGAGACGAACCUGACCCAGGAGGAACUAGUGUUCAGCUUCAGCACCUCCAACGCCCCCAGCAUCCUGAUCUACAUCAGCUCCAGGACCCAGGACUACUUGGCUGUGGUUCUCAAACACAAUGGUACUCUUCAGAUUCGCUACAGUCUAGGGGGCUUAGCAGAACCUCAUACAAUAGAUGUUGGCCAUCGUAACAUGGCCAACGGACAGCCACACUCUGUCAACCUUACCAGGAACCUACGGGAGAUACGACUACAGCUGGACCACUACCCUGUGUCCACCUACACCCUGCCGGAGGCCUCUGACACCCACUUCAACCUGGUCAAAAGCAUCUUCCUUGGAAAAGUGUUUGAGACGGGUCAGAUUGACCCGAUCCUAAUCGAGCGGUACAACACGCCGGGCUUCGUGGGCUGCUUGUCCAGAGUUCAGUUUAACAGCAUCGCACCCUUGAAGGCUGCCCUGCGCUCGGGCAUGGCGGCCCCCGUCAGCACCCACGGGAUUCUGGUCCCGUCCAACUGUGGAGCCUCACCCCUAACCAUCUCCCCCAUGGCCUCGGCUGUCGACCCCUGGCACAUCGAAGCUGCUGGAGCUGCUUUCCCCUUCAGUGAAGGCAAGGCUAACGGGGAUGGAGUGGAUCGGAACUCUGCCAUAAUUGGGGGCAUCAUCUCCAUGGUUAUCUUCUCCACUCUCUGCAUCAUGGUGUUCGUAAUCCGCCACAUGUUCCGUCACAAAGGCUCGUAUCACACCAACGAGGCCAAAGGAGCAGAGUCAGCGGACUGUGCGGACGCCGCCAUCAUCGUCAACGACCCAGCUUUUACUGAAACCAUCGACGAGAGCAAGAAGGAAUGGUUCAUCUGAUCCCAGCAGCAGUGGACACGCGACGUUAGGAUGGAUGUAGUUUUCUAUUAGGGAGCACUACGGAGGCAACCACGCAAUCCAUCUGUGAGGACGUUUAAGAACUCGAUAGACGAUGGACAUCUUGGCAUCACUGUACGGCCCAGCGCUGCCUGCAGGGUGACCUUAUUUAUUUCUUUAUUUAUUUGCAGACUUCAGCUGGGUUAUGGGAUGGUUCCAGGAGGAAGGCCUACAGACCUUGGAUCUGUGUUUGCUCUUACUGCUUAUUGAACAUAUUCCCUUUUUCAUGUAUGUUACUUUUUGCCUUAUUUCUACAGAUUCAGAUCUUUAUGCCUUUGUGUGUUUCAGAUGGAAGCGAUUGCUUCUACGGUGUCAAUUACGAUCCUAAUAAGCCUCGCUGUCUGUAGCAAUGCUCAAACAUUUCAUCAUUUUAUAUCAUUUGCUUUAAGUUUAAUUAAUCACUUGGUAUGAGAGUGUGAGUUGCUUUUCUACAUAGGACAUGUAGCCAUGACCUCGUCCAUCUCUUGGAGUAAGAACUGAACCCCAGUUUGUUUUUGUGUCCGUCAGCUGGUUCUGUUGUCAGCUUUGCUGUUAAUGUUCCUCAGGCAGAUGUUGUCUGUCUUUGACUCUUGUGGCCUCAUCAGCUUCUGGUUCUAGUUGGUGCACCACACUUCAAGUGUUUAGAUUGGCGGAUUCUUAACUUGUUGUGUCUUUACUUUUUGACUUAGGAUGACGUUUGGGAGAGAAUGUUUGUUUCACACACACAACUUCAGCUUGCAUCCUGACAUUUGAUUGUAUUCUUUGGCUGCACUGCAGUGUACUGGCAUGCUGUUUGACACUGAAUGACACGCCUUUCUUUUGAUAAGCAACUGUAGCAGCACAUUGUGUUGUCUCCAUGUUACAUGUAUAAAAUUGCCUGACUGUUCUCUUUGAACUGAA